AUGGACUGUCCCAUAUGUCUGAACCACUACACAGACAGCGAAGGUUUUCACGUGCCGAAGGUUUUCCCCUGCGGGCACACAAUCUGCGAACAAUGCCUGGUCGCAAUCACCAGAGGGCAGGCUGGACAAAAUGUGGAAUGCCCACUCUGCCGCACUAGCUGUCCCAUAGCAGAGGUUAGUACCAACUUCGCAUUGUGCUCGGUGGCAGCGGCACUGGUUCAAAGCCAGCAGCCGGUUCAACAGCAGAUGGAAACUCCGACGCCGCUGCCCUGGACGGAACCCUACACGGAGCCGCUGCUGCCACCUGCACAAGAGGACUUGUCCCCCUCUGCUCCGCCACUGGAACCCUGGGAGGUGGGGCCUCAGAACAUGUACGACGAGGCUACCUACCACGCCGAGCAUUUUCAUGUGCCCGAGGGCAUCGCUCAGCCUGAGAGCAUGGAGGCCUGGAUCCAACAGCGCCGGGAGAUUCUCCGAGAUUGGGGCCGAAAGCGCGAGCAGAAGAUGCAUCGGAAACCGUGGUUCAUAAUGGAUCAGAUGAUUAGCGGCUCGGGCCUCUACCCUCCUCGUUUGCUGGAUACGUCAUGGUUCACUCCUAAGGAGUUGACCAUGAUUUCCCGCCUGGAGUACCUGCUGCAGGACACGGGCCACGCCCAUACCCUGGCAUACGACAUGCUGACGCCGCUGAUUUACGACAUCGAGGUGGCGAUCGUGUUAGACAACAGUGGUUCCAUGAAUAUGGACAUGUUCGGGCAGAUGCCGGCGGCGGCAACGGGCAUGGAGGGCCAGUCAACUCAAAGACCAGGACUGCUUGAGUUGACUCUUCGCAAAUCGCUGCCGGGUGGUUGGUUGACGUCUUCGGGUUACAAGAGGCUUGCGCCCGCCCACUGCCCGGUGAAUCCAGAGCACCGGAGGUGGUUUUUCGCCCGUCAGCACCUUCGAUGCUGGAAGCAAUUGUUUGAAAUCAUGGGCCUGGAUCCUUGGAUCUACCUCCUGAAUGGGGACGCCCGUGGCUCCCGAUAUCGAUGUUCGCAGGUGGAAGAAAUUUUCCGGAGUCCCCCAAGGGGAACCACUCCAAUGGAUCGGAGGUUGAAUGAGGUACUUCGGGAUUUUGCGCCUGCCUCAACGGGCAAGCCGCUUCUGAUUCUCGCCUUGACUGAUGGGGAGGCCAACGACAUGAACGCCUUCAACCAGGUCCUGGACAGGAUUCAGAACAUGGUAUAUGGCGAUGUGCAGGUUUGUCUCAUGGGCCUGUCUCUGGUCAAGGAGGACAUCGAGUGGUUCGAGCAGGAGGAGUGUGAAGAUACGCGGAUCCGCACUAUCGAAGCCUUUGAGGUUGAGAACAGGCAGAUUCAGAUGAAGGAGGUGAUGAAGCGGGAAGGUGGCUACACCUUUGCCAUGCAUGUCAUGCGGGCCCUUGUGACCAACUUCUAUCCUGCAGACUACGACUACGAGACACCCUUGCAGAAUUUCCGACAUCGCCUGUACAUUACCAUCCAUGGCCGGGACCGAUGGUGGGGGCAACAAAAUCCUCUCUGGUUCCUUCUCUGCACCUCAGGCUUCUGCCCAGCCUGUUUCCUGGCCACUGGUUGCCACUACUGCGGCUGGCUCCAGGGCAAUGACUGUGGGAAGUACGAAAUUCCUCAGUGCCUGGAGCCCUGUCUCAAGGGCGAAUGA